CCGCUGACAGUCGCUGUGGUGACCGGAAGAAGAAGCUGCUACUGAGGCAUUCUGGGAUACUGGAGGACCCAACAACACUUCUACUGUGAUGGCGACCAAUAUCGAGCAGAUUUUCAGGGAUUUUGUAAUGAAUAAGAUUAAAGAAAUCGAAGAUGAAACUCAAGAAAACAGUGUGACAGAUGAGCCACAGUCUGAACCUGUGACGGAGAUGAGAGAAUAUGGACCUAAGGAAGAAAAAACAAACACACCAACAGAUAAAGUCACGCAUACUGACCUCCAAGAUAACCAUGAUAAAGAGGAUGCCAGCACUAAACACAGGAAGAGUAAAAAGCACAAAAAACACAAAAGCAAAAAGAAGAAAAAGAAACGCAAAGAAGGAAAAGACAGCAGCUCAGACACAGAGUCUGACAAAGAGGCUCAAGAAAGUGGAAAGAAAAAGAAGAGAAAGAAAAAGAAAAAAAGCAAAGAUGCAGACAAAGUGAAAAGAUCUGGCUCUCGAUCCGAAAGCUCUUCAGCAUCAGGUUCUGAAUCUGAGUCCGAAUCGAAACCUUCAAGUGAAAAUACAAAGUCCUCUUCAGCAGCUCAGACUUCAAAGUCUGAGCUCAAAGACUUAUGCGGUGUUGGUAAGACUCGGGAGUUGCCUGACAUUAUUCCCAAGAUGGAGAAUUCGGUCCACAAAAGCACAGAAAAUGAAAGGCCCAAGGAGAAGAAAAGAAGUUCUAGCAGGACAUCUAAAAGUAAGGAGAGCUCCAGAGGAAGACGAACCAGAUCAAGAUCACCCAGACGGAAGUCAGAACGCAGAUCGAGAUCCCCAAAACGACAACGGCGAUCAAAGUCAACCUCCCGCUCUAGAAAUAGCACCAAAAAGAGGUCUCAUCAACGGAUAGAGAGAAGUAGAUCGGGGUCUAAGAGACGCAACAGUCGGUCCAGGUCUCAUUCUGUCAGAAGAGGCAAACGUUCAAGAUCCAGGCGAACUAGAUCAAGGUCUGUUGUAAUCUUAAGGAGGAACAGAAGGUCCACGUCGAAAUCUGUGUCUGGCUCGCCACGGUCUAGACGCCGGUCUAAGAGUAAGUCUCAAAGCAGACCGAAACCUUCGAAGUCAAGGUCCGUUUCGAAGACAAGGUCUGAUUUGAAACCGGAAACUGAAUCGGUUAAGAAUGAGACAGAUCCAGUGGACGAAAGUAAAAUCUCUGAAUUGCAAACAAAUGUACCUCAAGACACAACUGAGAAUGAAAAAAGUCCAAUAGCGGCUGUGAACUCUGACACCAAGCCGUCUGAAACGGCAUCCAACAUCUCGAGUCCUGGUUUCAACGCAGUUGGCUUUAAAGGAUCUUGGCGACCAGUUCCCUUCUUGGCAGAGCCGUCUGAGACCAAGCCUUCCCAAAAGUGCAUUACACCUGAGGUGCCUUUGGAAGUGACCAAUGUAUCUGAAGAACCUUCAACGUUGCCAACCGCUACGCCAAAAGAUUCAGAGUGUGCUGCCAACCCCGAGAAGACAGAAACCGACGCAAAUCCGACUUUAACUUCAAUCGAGACGAACUCAACAUCGCCAUCCAAAUCUCCCAGUCACAAAAUAUCCUCAAGAUCCAAAGCGGCUGCACGAUCCAGAUCGAAGUCGGCAUCGAAAAAGAGAAAAUCCAGGUCGAAGUCUCGAUCGCCCUCUGAAAGGAAAUCGCGCAAGUCUAAGACGAGGAGCAAACGCUCGAAAUCGAGGUCGCCUAAAAAGAAAAGGUCGAGGUCUCAUUCACAAGGCCGUCGGAGGAAAUCUCGAACUCCGGACAGAAGCAGACGGUCGAAAUCGAGAAAGAGGUCACGCUCGCGUUCGAGGAGGAGAUCCCGAUCCGGCUCGCGCUGGGGAAGAGGUUUCGGAAGCCGGACGAUAAAUCAGCGGGAUCGAUGGAAACGAGAACCCAGUCGAUCUCCAGUCCUCAUUCUCCGUAAGAAAAGAUCUGUGUCCAGAACUCGACGUAGCACCAGCAAGACGCCUCCACGUCUUACAGAACUUGAUAAGGAGCAGUUGCUGGAAAUAGCUAAGGCUAAUGCUGCGGCUAUGUGUGCCAAGGCCGGCGUGCCGAUCCCGGAGAGUCUCAGGCCCAGAUCUAUUCUUCAGCUGUCCUUGCCAACCCAAAACACCACGUCCUUGUCUUUGCCAUUGCCAGUGAUGUCAAGCAUGACUAUGAACGCUGCUAUGGCUAGUAUGACUGCCGCCACCAUGACCGCUGCUUUGUCCAGCAUGGGUGCCUUGACUUCCUUGCCACAACUGGCCCCGUUACCGACAAUCAUCAACAAGCCGCCAUCUUCAGCCGCAACCAAUCUCGCCAGUAUUGAAGAAGCCAAAAAGAAAGUCACGAAACAGGCGAACAGCUUCAGUAUUAAAGAGCUAACGGAGAGAUGCAAGAAGAUCGCCGAGAGUAAGGAAGAGAUGGCCAUCGCAAAACCACACGUGUCAGACGACGAGGAGGAUGAAAAGCUAUUUGGAGCUUCCCUUAAGGAGAAUAAGGGAAUUGCAUUCAGUCUUGGUAACACCUCCUUAAAGCCGGCCGUCCGGACCGAAGCGGUCUUUGCUAAGGAGUUCCCGGUGUCCUCCGGCUCCCAGCACAGGAAGAAGGAGGCUGAUGGUGCGUAUGGAGAAUGGGUGCCGGUCGAAAAGAAAAUAGAAAAGCCAUCUGUAGCGACGACUUCUGGGACUGAGGAAACCAGCAAGGACAGUGAUAGUGUCUUUCCUGAAGCACCUUCUCAGCCUGUGGACAUCACUUUGGCCGUCAGUGAGAGGGCGGUCGCCCAGAAGAGACUGGCGGAAAACCCUUUCGACAUCAAUGCCAUGUGUAUGCUGAAUCGGGCUCAGGAGCAAGUUGAUGCAUGGGCCCAGUCCAACACGAUCCCUGGCCUCUUCACAGGCUCCACCGGCGCUCAAGUGCUCUCAUCCGAUGAGCUUUCUAACAGCGGCCCGCAGGCCUGGAUUAAGAAGAUGCAAUGAUGGAUGGGCAGCGCAACUCACUGUACUCCUCUAAAAGUGUCUUUUGAGAGAGGGGAGAAGGAAGAGGAUGCCUCUCCGCCCCCUCCUCUGAUUGACCAAUGAGGAAAGACGUACGCAUCAGGAUCCGAAAUCCGAUUGGAUGAGCCAGUGUUUGCACACCUGUAACCACACAUUUACAGCUUACAGUUAGAUUAAUGAUCUGUAUUAAUGUACACUAUUGUUUAAAAAUAUGGGGUCAGUAAGAUUUUUUUUUUAAUGUUUUUGAAAGAAGGCUCACUAAGUCUGCAUUUAUUUGAUCAAAAAUACAGUAAAAAUUGUACAUUUUCAAUUUCAAAUAGCUGUUUUUUUAUGUGGAUAUAGUGUAAAAUGUAAUUUAUUUCUGUGAUCAAAGCUGAAUUUUCAGCAUCAUUACAAUCAUUGCAUGAUCCUUCAGAAAUUAUUAUAAUAUGCUGAUUUGCUGCUCGAGAAACAUUUCUUAUUAUUAGCAAUGUUGUAAAGAGUUCUUGUACUUUUGCCAACUUUUGUGAUACAUUUUAUUUAUUUUUACAUUUUUUAUUCUUUUGAAUAGAAAGUUGAAAAGAGCAGCAUUUAUUUAAAAGUUUGUUGUUUGUAAAACUUCUCAAAUUGAAAUAAAAUAGUUAUAUAGAUAUAUUAAAAAAAAAAAAUUAUAAAAAUGACACAAGCAGAUAAAUCUAGUAAAUUACUAAAAUUGAACAAAAAUUUAAAAUGAAAACCCAAAAGAUAAAAAUAAAAGGUUGUUCAAAAUAUUCAUAAAUACUAUAAUAGGAUUUAAAUAAUUUAAAAUAUAAAUAUUAGAUAGAAAUAUUGCCUUGACAGCUACAUUUGUUGAAGUACAACAUUUUCUAAAACUGAAAUAGAAUAAAGAUAUAUAGAAAUAUUUAAAAAUGACUAAAGCAGAUAGGAAAAUUACUAAAACUUAACUAAAAAUAUAAAAAUAAAGGCUCAUUCAAAAUAUUCAUAAAUAUUAUAAUAGUAUUUAAAUAAUGUAAAACAGAUAUUAAAUGAACUAAAUAAGUGUUGACUUACUAAAGGUACUUGAACUGCAAUAAAAAAUAAAGCUAUAUUGAAAUAUAUAAAAGAAAUAGUAAAAAUGGCCAAAGCACAUAACAAAAUUACUAAAACUUUAAAUGAAAAUAGAAAAUAUUUGUAACAAUCGAAAUGUCUUUGCUGUCAAUUUUGAUCAAUUGAAAGCAUCCUCGCUUAAUAAAAGUAAUAGUUACUGACCCCAAAUAUUGAACAGCAGUGUAGUUAUUCAUUGAAAAUGAGUGUUUUAUCAUAUAGAUGUUCCUGUCAUAUUAUUAUUAAAGCAAUAAAUCACUUGAAGUUGUAUGUUAUAGUUAUUCUAAGAGUUUUUAGACACUUCUAAAAACCCUUAACCAUAGUAAAAUCACUGCUUUAAUGUGUUAAACGUAUUAAAUGUACACAACACGACCCUUUUAAUUUAGCAGAGAGACGUAUUGUCCUGAAGGCUUCGUAUGCUGACCGCUGUGAAAUGCAGACCUUUACAUUAAGACACGAUAAUCCCAGUUUUUAUUUAGACUCGGGAGGCUAAAUAAACGCUAGCAAAAUACCAUGGUCUCUAUACAGAGACACCAAACGUUCACACAACCAAAUACAGCUCAGGCAGUGCAGUACGGAAAUGGCCAACUUUGCCUAGAUACGACGAAUCCUGGGAUAUGUUUGGAGCUCACUCUUGACUUGAGAGCGGGAUCCAAGCUGUUCAGAUGCAUUUGAUUCACGGUUUUUAGUCUAAAUGUGUCAAAAGGGCCUGGUCAUGCACUAACUGCAGUCAAAAGAAUGUGUGGGAUUUGGCAUCCAGUGGGUGCGAGGUUCAAGCUCAUUGCUCGGGUUGGUGGGUUUGGGACACGGAUGGACGAGGGGUGGGGGCUCACAGUUUGACCUGUGAACUCUCACCCCUCUGUAUGGAAACUUGUUGCAGGGUCAGUCCUUGUAGCUGCCUCUUUGCCAUGGUCACAGUCAGGCCCCUUCUAUUCACGUCAGAUGCUCGGCCGAUGAUGGGGGCCUAGGUACGUACGUCCUCCAGCACCCUUCCUUCUAUUCAUGUGGAUUUGUGUGUGAACUGAUGCAUUUCUGCCUUGUCCUCCUGUUUGUUUGCACUGAACCGACUCAGAGCCUGAGAUCUGUUCAGGACGGUGUUCAUGCUUCGCCUGCUGAAGGCUCGCACCUUAUUACUCAUGUGUUUCAGAAAAUAUACGCUGCCGCUCAAAAGAUGGCAAUUAUGUUGGUUGUUUUUGAAAGAAGUCUCUUCUGCUCAUCGAGGCUGUUUUUAUUGGAUUGAAGACAUGGGGAAAAUUGUGAAAUAUUAUUACCGGUUUAAAACAGCUGUUUUCUAUGUGAAUGCAUGUUAAACUGUAAUUUAUUUCUGUGACCAAAGCUGAAUAUUCAGCGUCAUUACUCCAGUCUUCAGUGUCACAUGAUCCUUCAGAAAUCAUGCUGAUUUUCUGCUCAAGAAACAUUUCUGAUUAUUAGCAAUGUUGAAAACGUGAUGCGUUUUUUGAUGAACAGAAAGUUUGUCAACAGUGUUUAUUUGAAAUGGAAAUCUUUUGUAAUAUUAUAAAUGUCUUUACUGUCACUUUUGAUCAGUUUAAUGCAUCCUUGCUGAAUAAAAGUAAUAAAAAAAAACUUACAUAAACAUACUAAAAAUGUGUUUCCACAUAAAUAUUAAGCAGCAAAAAAAUUUUAACAAUGAUGAUCAGAAAUGUCUCUUGAGCAGUAUAUCAGCAUAUUAGAAUGAUUUCUGAAGGAUCAUGUGACACUGAAGACUGGAG